AUAAAAAGCUUUAUUACCAUGCCAAUAAAAAUGUUCAGAGCGCUGGAGGGAGGAAGGGAGGGGAGUUUGUUUGGAUGGGAGCCCAGGCCGGCCUCCUCAGCGCUGGACGGGGCGGAGCAGCACACAUGCGCUGAGCUGGCAGAGUCACAGUCAGUCAGGGCUGAUCCCUCCGCCCGCUGCGCCCGAGGAGAGGAGAGGAGACACGGACAGGCUCGAGUCCGGGGUGCUGGAGACCCAACUCAUCACACACUGUCUCCAAGGACAACAUUCAGGCCCCAGGACUGGAAACGACCAGAGGAAAUCGCGAACCCGACACGGAGACACCAUCCGGACACGAAGCUGAAAAGGGAGACGUCUCCUCUCCAUCGCCUUUUGCGCACGACCACCCAUUAAAAACCCCUCUGGACCAGCGUCGCCAGCAAGCGAUGCACCUUGAUGCCAAGACAACGAUCACUCCGAUCGGUUUCUGUUUGUUUUUUUAGCGCAUCGUUCUUAAGCAGUCAUUCCAGAGUCGAUAAUAACAGUACGGACACUGUGUUGACACACACACACACACACACACACACGCAUUUAACGGGUUUCUUCUUCAUGAGAAUAUCCUCAUGGCCUGAAACUGACAUAAACUACUAAAUCCGUCGCAUUCACUCUGGAUUGACGCCUUUUUUAUCCUCGCAAGUCUUGAGUUUUCUGCUCUUCCGAACACUGUCAUGCGUGUCCAGACAACAGUCUGAUGCUCUCAGACAGCAGUAGAUUAUUCAGCCACUGGUGACAGUGUUUUACAGGUCUUUUUGCAUAAUCUGCCGGGCCUUGCUUAAAAACUGACUCCUUAUUUUGCAAUCCAAGGGAAUUGGAGCAAACAUCCCCUCUGGAAAGUUUAAGGUGGAGACCAGUGCUGGGCCAUAACACAUCCAGGAGGUUUUACAGAAGGUUGCAGGCUCUGGACUGCAUGCCAUCAUGCUGUCCUUAGACGAGCCACUGGACCUGAAAGUGCCGAGGGGGCGGGUCAGUGGGCGGGACAGAGGCGCCAGGUCUCCGCCCACUCUCACUCCCUCUCCCAUUCACGCUAAGGGGGCGGGGCAGCUGCGGAUGGCAGACGACGGGACCGCAGUCAUCAUUCCAGCGUCUCCUGCCUCUCCACACACAGGUGUCCUGCAGGAUAAAUUGGAGACCCCCACACCGCCCGCUGUGGACCUCAGCAUGUCCCCGUCCUCCAGAAACACCGCCUGCUCUCCGGAUCUCUCCAAUGGAAACGGCUCAGCUCCCGUUUUCCCCGGGGACUUGGCUCAUAUCCGUUACGUGGAGGGAGGGGUGACGUCUCAAGCGUUCCAGUUCUUCGUGCCCAUUGGAGGAGGUGGAGGGCUUCACCUGCCUUCCUCAAUGUUCAUUCGGCAGCCCAAGGACACACGAGCUUCUCCAGACCUCUCCGCAGAUGAACAGCUGGCCUGUCGCUGGAGGAAGUGCCACCUACUUUUUGACUCCUUGCAAGACCUGGUGGAUCACGUCAAUGACUUCCAUGUAAAACCUGAGAAGGAAUCUGGGUACUGUUGCCUCUGGGAGGGAUGUGCACGCAAAGGACGGGGAUUCAAUGCCAGGUACAAGAUGCUGAUACACAUCCGUACUCACACCAAUGAGAAACCUCACCGCUGUCCCACCUGCAACAAGAGCUUUUCCCGCCUGGAGAACCUCAAGAUUCACAACCGCUCACACACAGGAGAGAAGCCAUACAUCUGUCCCUACGAGGGCUGCAACAAGCGCUACUCCAAUUCCAGUGACCGGUUCAAACACACGCGUACGCACUAUGUGGACAAGCCCUACUACUGCAAGAUGGUGGGCUGCUUGAAACGCUACACAGAUCCCAGCUCCCUGAGGAAGCAUAUUAAGGCUCACGGGCACUUUGUCGCCCAGGAGCAGGGAGGUCCGGGUGGGGUGGGCUCUCUGAUGAAGCCGGGGCAGAUUGCAGGGGCAGGGAAAGAAUCUGAGCUGACUUACGUCAGUGGGGCCCACAUCAUCAUUCCUGGUGCUGCCGCUGCUCUCCUGGGCGGUCACCAUCUGCAGGGUCUUGGAGGCUCCCUCCCCUUCUCCCCCCUCAGUCCCCACCCCUUGGACUUGAGCACACUGGGCUGCCCAAGCUCCCCUCCAGCUGGGCUUGGGAAGACCUCCAUCCUGUCCUUCAGUGGUUCCCCGCUUGGCCUGGCCAAGUCACCCUUGCUGUCUCAUACCUUCUCAUCUUCCAUGUUGGGGUUGCCCAUGGUGCCUAUUUUGGGCUCGGAGCACAGGGACCAUGGCAAGGGCAAGGCCAGAGGUGAGGACGAGAUCCACGGCGGAGUGCUCAACUUGUCUACGGGGGCAUCCCAUGACCCCCUGUCUUGGGUUGUCAUCCCUUCUGGCCCGGUGGUGCUGAAGCCAGCUGUGGUCAACUGAGCGCCACAUUCCAGAGAAACGGCAGGGGAAGGGUGGGGGUGGAACAGGGGUCAGAGGUCAGAUGCAAGCCUAUGGGGGGGUUUUCUCAAAGCAAAUGCGUUUCUGCUUGGAGGUGACACCAUCUUCAACUUUUAGCGCUACUUCAGUUCUAAUUUGUACCUUAUGGUCGGACACAGCUACCUGUUUCUUGUGGUAAUAAGGAUGGUAUCUUGAAGUGAAAUUAUCGUAACAAUCUAGAAAGUGGCCAAACACUCACCUCCAUUCCAUUCUCAUUCUUUCUGGCUUAUCUUAUUACCAGGGUUAUCCAAUCUUGCUCCUGGAGAGUUUAGCUCCAACUUGCUCCAAUACACCUGCUUGAAAGUUUUGAGUAAUCCUGAAAGAGCUUGAUUAAUUGUGUUUAAUUAGGGUUGGGGCUAAAGUAGUGGUGGGCAAAUCUGGCCCUCAAAGUCCACUUUCCUGCAGUUUAGUUACAACCCUCACUAAACACAAACUAAACUAAUCAAAGUCUAUAAGAUUACUAGAUAAAUUACAGCCAGGUGAGCUUGUUGGAUGUAAACUCUGCAGGACAGUGGACCUUGGGGGCCAGGGUUGCCCUUCCCUGGUCUAAACUCUGAAGAAAGGUGGCCCUCCAGAAGCAGGAUCGGAACCUAAGUCUUAUACACUUUGUUUUCUGUUUUAUGAGAGCACUGAUCUAAACGGCAGACUUCAGAAUCUGUGCCCUUGCUUCAAGAGACAAAUGUAUUUACGCGUAAGAGAAACCUUUGGACGACAGUGUACGCAACACACUAAAGACACAAAUGUAUGCUAUUAUUCUUCUGACCUUCAAGCCAUUCCGUGCGUUAUGAAAAGACCUCUGAGCGUAGCGAGCUAGAGAUCUUUGAGGCUAAAUCGCAUGGGCUUGGUCAGUUUUGCAAAGGGGUGCUGAGGUCAUAGGUCAGGUGAGAGCAGCUCGUUUACUUGCAGUCAAUCAACAUCUGUUGUACCUUUUAGACCAGUAGUGUCCAGUUCUGGCCCUUAUAUGCCACUUUUCUGCAGAGCUCAGCUCCUACACACAAGUUUCUAGUGAUCCUGAAGACCUUGCGUAGCUGGUACAGGUGUUUACACUUAGGGCUAGAGCUAAACUUUGCCGGACGGUGGCCCUUUAGAAGCAGGAAUGGACACCACUGCUUCAGACUGUCCCGAGUCCCACCUCGGUCAGCGGGUGCCCUCUGCAUCCCUUGCAAGUGAACUUCCUUAGCUCAAUGCUAUUGCAAGCUAUAUGAAAAACCUUGCAUUUGCUGCUAGCUGUGUCACUGCAAUGUAAGCAUAUGUCUUUGAAUAAAAAUAGACAAAGUAUGAACGACAAUCUGUCCUCUGAGGAGGAGGAAAUAGAAACCUUGACUAGCUCUAUUUUGUUGAAUAAGAGAUUUACAGACACAAGGCUCAGACUGACUGAGUUUUAAGUCAUACAAGGGCACAAACUCACUAAGCGGUCAUGCUAAUGCCCCAUAGGACAUGGCACUGUUGUAAAUAGUGCCAUCUUAUGGUCAUCACUUGUACUGCACACUACUAGCUGAAUCAAGGGCCAGAUUUAAUAUUGUCCUGCUUUGCCGUAUACUAGAACGGCAGGGUAAAACAAAGGACCUUUGGCUGAUGCAUAAUAGUGGAAUGUUAAAAAUAACCGUUAUCCACAACCCAGUGGACAUGCUGACACUUGCAAUACACCAGUUUAAGUGUACUUCAACGAUUAAGGGCCUAGUUUGCUUAAAAUAACUUUGCUUUCACGGUUUGCCCCAUGUUAAAUCACUGUGCUAAAAAUCUAAUCGUAAACCCAGAGAUUAAAGUAGGGACUUAAUAAUAAAGUGUAGAAAGCACUAUUCAGGUGGCCAAAAGAUAGCAUUUUGAUUUAAGACCCUUUCACAUGACCCACAUCAACGUUCCCCAAUGCAUCAAACUCUAGAGCGAGGUGUCAAGUUUCAGCAUUACUCCUGACGCCACCUUACACAAAUGGAGUUGUAGGCGACACUCCAAGUACUAAAAAUUUCACAUUUGACCCCAUUUGGCUCGGAUUUUUCCCAGUUGCAUGAUGUGUAAUUAUGUGGUACAUCAUACAAACUGAAAAUCAAAAUUCAAAAGAUUCUGUGCUAGAUUUUAGGCACAUCAAGUUGUACAACACAACCUUUAAGGCAGAUAUUCAUAUUGUGCAUUUUAUGACGCUAUCUCCAACGUCAAAGCGGUGUAUAAUUCUUGUGUUGAAAGGUGCAUUUAAAUCCUGAAGUGGGUCAUAUGAAACUUUGCAGAGUCUUUGUCAUCCUCCAUUGAUGAUCAACCUGUCACAAUCAAGGCCUCAUUCAGAUUAAAAUAAUGCUCUUGAUUAAGUCUUCUCUCCUGAACUCAGACACGUAACAGCUUCUGUCUUCUCAGGAGAAGUACUUCUUUAACAGAGAUGACAUAUUUACAGCAUCUUUCAGUAAUGUCCAUUACUCAUAGAUUGGGAGAAAAAAAUGUAUAGAACAAACGAAUGUAAUGUAUAAACAUUCCGACUGAAAUAAUCGCACUUCCUUAAAGCAUGCACCCUGCCCUCCCCUCCAAACCAUUAAUACACUCAGAGUCUUAUUCCAUAAUUAUUUUUGUUGUAUUGCUUGUGGAAACUAUACAAUUAAUGCUGUUUUGUUUUACUGACUUGUUUUGUUUUGGACGUGACAUUUCCUGAUGUUGAAGUUGCUUCAUUUCUGUUAUCGCUAUUCUGUGUUCAGCUUUCUCCAGCUGAUGAAAUAGGGAGAAAUGACAGGAGAAGGUGACAGAUAAGUUUGUGGGAAGGGUUUGAGUAAGAAGCCCUCACAUUUAGCCCUAAUCAUAUCAUGAUGUUUUAAGUUUACAUACUCUAUAAAUUAUGUAUAUGUAAUGUUUAAUGUCCUGUAUAAUGGACAUUCAACCAAUCAACAUGUCCACAUCUUGAUCGUGCGCCUAGUUUCAAAAGUAGGCCACUGACCCUGACACGGCCCCAGAUUAUUUUUAUUUAUUCGGUUGCAGCCAAGAAAAGGUUAACCCUGUGCUUCUAUAAAGCCUUUUAGAAGAGAUAAGUGAUAACAUGCAAAUACAUGCAGUAAUCAAACACAAUCCUCUCAGGUUUGGAGAGCUUUGACAUCAGCAUGUAUUUAGGAGGCUUUAGCGGUAAUGACGUUUAUUAACCCUUGCAUCCUUUAAACAAGUUGGAAAUAUCUUUGCCCACCUUCUCCUACUCCCUUUUCUCAUGUUGUUGGCUGGAGAAAGCUGAUACUGACACAGACCUGUCAAGGUCUACAUCAAUGUUCAAUAUCAGAUAAGCUGUUUGAACCUUUAACCCUUUGAGCACUCUGAAAACGGCCACACUGUUUUACACAGUUGACUCCAAAGGCCUUAACAGACCGAUGGUGCAUCCUCAAUGACUCUGAAUUUACUGCAACUGUAUGUGAGAGACUUAAGCAAUAAACUGAAUGGCAGGGAAGAUGUCAUAGCUAGAUAUUUAAAUUUAGAUAUUCACUCCAAUGAUGCAAGAAACUAGAUACGGUACAUAAAUUAAGCACCAUUUUAGAAUCUAAAGAAAAAAGCUCACAUUAAAAGUAAAGAUGUUUCUAAAAUGAACUAAUAAUAGGACACAUUCUUGAAGUGCCACAGAGAUGCACAAAGGGUUAACAAAAAGACUAUGGCCUGGAAAGGCCAGUAUCCAUUUUUAUUUUUUUCCUUUUUUUGCACAUUUUUGAGAUAUUUUAAUAUCAGUAUUUUAAUUUUUUCCAAGUGCCUUUUAUUAUAGAUGAAAUGUAGAUGUAAUACAGUAUAUGAAAAUAAAUAUAUAUAUAUAAAUAAAUAUAUAUAUUUUUUCCCAGCAUCAUGUUCUAAAGCUGAACAUGCAGAAUUUUAGAGCUGUAAAACUCUCCAGUUGGUACAACAUAGGUGUGUGCUCCUGUUUUAGAGGAUUUUUAUUACGGUAUUGGUAAGGAUGUCAAUGAAAGUAAAAGAAACAAAUGUUUAAUAAAUUUGCAUUUGAUAUA